UCAAGCUCACGACUCACCCACCACACAUCAUCGAACCCUCACAACCCUGCACCUCUCUACUCAACAUUUCGCCAUCUCAAAUUCAGUUUCAAUCUAGGCCAAAGGGAGAUCGAUCCCGCUGGGCCAACGCCAUGUCGGGCACCAAAGCCCUGCUCAAGGGCAUUAACGAAGCAAUUAAGCAGCGGAAAUGGGAUGAGGCGAUAGAGGCGGCGGAGGACGUCUUCCAAAAAGACCCCAAGAACUACCAGGCACAUGUCUUCCUCGCUUUUGCCCUAGACAAAGUGAACAAGCUUGAUGAGGCGGAGACUGCAUACCUUGCUGCGACCAGGCUCAAACCCAGUGACCCGCAGGCCUGGCAAGGCCUCGUCAAACUGUACGAGCGGCAACGAGGAAAGAAGUUGAAGCAGUACCAACACGCCGCCCUCAACCUGGCCGAGAUCUUUCGGGAUGCGAACGAGAUGUACAAAUGUCAAGAUGUCGUUGAUAAAUUCAUCGACCAGGCACGGACACAGGGGGAGCGAGCCCAGUAUGUGGACGCGCUGGAUCUGAUCCUACCGGAGAGCCCCAUCUACCCGGCUCUGGAGGGCCGCGUUCCCCACCCGGGCAAAACGUACCACAUCCAGGCCGAGAUUGUCGAGAUGGACGAAAAGAAGCGGAUCAACACUCUGAUAGGUGAGCGGCGCACCCGGAUAGGCGCCCGGGUGAGCGAGGUGACUCUCGAGGUGAAACGCGAGGUCUACUCCCAGAGCAGGCUGGGCUACGUUUACGGGCAAAUAAUAAACUGGACCACUGACGACGACGUGCGUCGAACAUACGAGGAAAAGCUCCUCCAGUACUGCUAUGACAGACUCGUCGCGUGGCCACCAGGCGAGCAGAAGGAACGUGAGGCGGCCAUCGUCCAGAAGCUCGCAAACGACAUGGUCAUCAUCAAUAACCCGUUCAAGUUCGCGUGGGAUAUCGCCAUCAAUUGGCAAGACCACAAGAAUAUUCAGGACUGGGAUGUCACGGUGCUCCGCCAAUACUGCACCUUCUUUCCCGACAGCGACCUCAACAGGGUUAUCAUGGGCUUCCUCACAAGCGCCAUUUCCCCGUUCCCUAAGGAGCCUACACAGGCGCCCGAGGCUUCUACCGGUGCGGAAACCGAAGAGGAGAGCGAGGAUGAUGAAGCUGGAGGCGCGCCGACGACAUACGUCCCGCUCACCGAGGAGGAUCGCCUGCUGAUGAUUAUGGAAGGCACCAGCAACGCCGACUCGUUGUUCGCACUUAGGUUAGCCGGUGAAUACUACCAGCAUAUCGAGGAGCACGAGAGUAACGUCGAGCUUAUGCGAAAGGCCCUCGACCACCUCAAGGUGGAGCGUUCUAGGACCGGGCUAAAGUUCCGAAACACCGAGGACGCUUUCUCUCUGUAUCUCGGGACAGCGCUGGUGUUUUACCAGUCGCCACGCAAUCACCAGGAAGCCAAGAGUUUGUUUGACGGAGUUCUAGCCCAUGAUCCGUCAUCUACCGCUGCCAUGAUAGGCGUGGGCUUGAUCUACGAGGAGGAAGAGGAAUAUGUCGAGGCAAUUGACUUCCUGGAACGUGCGCUACAACGCGACCCCGAAAAUCUCCGCGUUAGGACCGAGGCCGCCUGGGUCAAGGCCUUGAAAGGGGACUUUGACACUAGCCGAGCCGAGCUGGAGAGCUGUCUCCCCCUUCUUACGAAGAAGGGGCAGACAAACAAGGAACUCCUCGCGCAAACCCAGUACCGCGUUGGUUACUGUAUCUGGAACAUCGACACGUCGAAAGCGGCGAGGAAGAGCCGAUCCGGCGCCUAUGCGUAUUUUCUCGAUGCCCUCAAGAGCAACCUCAACUACGCGCCCGCCUACACCAGCCUUGGCAAGUACUACGCAGAUUAUGCCAAAGACAAGAAGCGGGCCCGCAGGUGCUUUCAAAAGGCGGUCGAGAUCUCGGCCUCUGAGGUUGAAUCGGCGGAGAGGCUGGCCAGGUCUUUUGCAGAUGACGGGGAUUGGGACCGCGUCGAGCUUGUCGCCCAGAGAGUGGUUGACUCGGGCAAGGUGAAGCCACCGCCGGGCUCGAAGCGCAAGGGUAUCAGCUGGCCCUUCGCCGCUCUGGGUGUGGCAGAACUCAACAAGCAGGAUUACCGCAAGGCCAUCGUUUCGUUCCAGGCAGCCCUCCGGAUAGGACCGGACGACUACCACUCGUGGGUCGGGUUGGGCGAAAGCUACCACGGAUCCGGACGCUACAUCGCCGCCACAAAGGCGAUCCUGAACGCUCAAAAGCUGGAAGAGGCUGCGGAUGGACACAUCCCCGGGGAAACCUGGUUUUCCAAGCUCAUCCUCGCCGAUGUCAACCGCGAGCUCGGCGACUUUGACGAGGCUAUUAACCUUUACCGCGAGGUAGUCGCCGGCCGCCCGAACGAAGCAGGUGCUGCAAUCUCUUUGAUGCAGGCCACAGUGGACAAUGCUUUGGACAGUUUGGACAAGGGUUUCUUUGGCAAGUCGAUUGAUCUCGCGGUGGAGAUGCUCAACUUCGCACUGCAGGCCCCGGAAGAGAUUAAGGAAACGUUUAAUUUCUGGAAAGCCGUGGCCGAUGCUUGCGCGCUCUUUUCGAGCGUCCAAAACCGUCUAUCAGAGUUCCCAGUGGACACCGUCCAGCAACUACUUGGUACCGAGGACUUAGACGCCGAUCCGAUAGACGAAACUGGAGCCACCGGCAAUGGUGUUAACCCGGACGAAGGCAAGAUUGGGAACGAGUUGGUGAGGGUUUUGCAUGCCACCAUUCUCGCUCACAAGCGCGCCAUCCAAGUUUCUGCCAACGACCUACACGCGCAGGCUGUGGCAUAUUACAACCUCGGCUGGGCAGAGCACCGCGCCCAUAUGUGUCUCCCUAUGCGGCUCAGAAAGAAGGCCACCAAAUACCUAAAGGCGUCCAUCGCGUGCUUCAAGCGGGCCAUCGAACUCGAGGCAGGCAAUUCGGAAUUUUGGAACGCUCUCGGAGUGGUGACCAGCGGCGUCAACCCGUCCGUCUCGCAGCACUCGUUCGUCCGCAGCCUCCACUUGAACGAGGGUGGCGCCCAUGCCUGGACAAACUUGGGCACGCUGGCUCUGAUCCAGGGUGAUAUUCAGUUUGCGAACGACGCCUUUACGAAAGCGCAGUCGGCCGAUCCGGAUUUCGCACACGCGUGGCUGGGGCAGGGCCUGGUGGCUCUGCUGCUCGGCGACCAGAAGGAAGCGCGGGGCCUGUUCACGCACGCCAUGGACAUCGCCGAGAGCUCGUCCGCGGCAAGCCGACGGCACUUCUCGGUAUCCAUGUUUGACUACAUCAUGGAGUCACCCGCCGACCUACCCGUCACCUCGCUCAUCCAACCCAUCCUCGCGCUCAGCCAACUACAGGGCCUCAACCCGCAGGAGCUCGCCUACGGCCACCUCUCGGCCCUCUUCCAAGAGCGCAACCACGAGCACGACCGCGCGGUCGCGACGCUCGAAAAGAUCUGCGCCGCGGUCGAGACCGACUACGAAGUCACCGAGUCCCCAGAGUCGCUCAAGCGGUUCGCCAUCGCCAAGGCCGACCUCGCGCGCGCCUACCUCGCAACCAGCGCGAACACCGAGGCCGCCGAGGCGGCCGAGCUGGCCGUGCAGCUGAGCAGCGACGAGGCGGACAGCGAGCUGGCGGCCGAGGAGCGCAGGCGGGUGCGGCUGAGCGCGCACGUCACCCUGGGCCUGGCGCGCUACUACCAGGGCGCCGUCGACGACGCCGUCGCCUGCUUCGACUCGGCCAUCAGCGAGUCCGACGGCCACCCGGACGUCGCCUGCGUGCUGGCCCAGGUGCUGUGGGCCACGGGGAAAGAGGAGGCGCGCGAGAGGGCGCGCGAGGUGCUCUUCGAGGUCAUCGAGCGCGUGCCCCACCACGUGCAGUCGGUGCUGUUGCUGGGCGUGAUUGCGUUGUUGGAUGAGGACGAGGAGAGCUUGGAGGCGGUUGUCGCCGAGCUGCAGAGCCUGCGGGCCAGCGACGAGGGCGUGACGCCCGCGGACCAGCGGCAGCUCGGCGAGGUGCUAAGGGCGAUUGCCGCGUUUGGGAAGGGCGACGACGCGGAGGAGGUGGCCAAGGCCAAGGCGAACCAGGCCCGGGCGGAUGUCAUGUUCCACCCGCACUUGCCGCACGGGUGGGCGGAGCUCCGCGGGCUGGGCGGCGAGGAGGGGAAGAGUGCCGCCGAGAUGGCGCUGCGGGUUGCGUUGAAGGCCGUGGCGCCGAGGGGGGAUCUGGCCGCGGGGGAUCUGGCAGGGGCGUAUGCUGGCACGGGGCGGGCUAUGGACGCGCAGAAGGCUGUUAUGGUUGCGCCGUGGGAGAAGGCGGGCUGGCAGGCGUUGGGAGAGGUCGUCAAGGGGUAGGGGUGUCAUGGUUGUUAAGGGAUAGGCGUGUCAUGUCAUGAUUGUGUGGGUAGAUCUAUGGUCUGGGGUAGAGAAAAGGAAUGGGGUAUCUAAACAGUC